AUGAAUACUAUGUUGAGAGAAUGUGAGCAGCUUAAAAAUAGUAUUUUGGAGCUAGCCAAUGGUAUUUUGAAUAUUUCUGAGAAUAAGAAUCUUCCAAUUUUAUUAAAUAUUUUAAUGGAUGGAAUAGGUGCAUACAAUUCGAUGAUAAGUAGGCAAUCAAGCUCCUCAGAUUCCCUAUUAGAAAUGUCAUUUUGGUCCAUUGAGCUCAUGGAUACAAUUUACGCAACUAAUGGAGGAAGUACAACUUUAUUAGAUUACACCUUGGAGAAGAUACAAGAUCAAUUCCCAUCAAUACUGAAUACUUUUGAUGAAAUUAACUAUUUGGAGAAAAUUUCGACUAAAUGUAAUAUUAAUGAAAUUUAUAGAGGCAUAGUGAGGAUAAAUUUUGGGUUGGAUAGGAGAGUUAAAUCAUUAGAAGAGGGAAUUAAUAAGCAUAUAAAAUCUGUGAAUGGCUCAAAAACUCAGAAUAAAUAUAAUGGUGAAGAGGUUUUAUUGAAAAUUGACCACUUAAGAGAAGUAUCAGACUUUCUCAAGAACGAAUUUAUUUCUUUGAUAAAGGAAAUUCUCUUUUUUUCGAAGUACCUUGGGAUAGAUGACGGGUAUAACAAAGUAGUUGAUAUUACGCCUGAAGCUGAUGCAGAUAGUACCAAAGGGACUUACGAUGACUUGAUUUCUGAGAUUGAGACGGUUUGUGAGAUGUUCCAAAAUGGGCAGAUUCACAAAACCAGAGAGAUAAUGGAUAAGAUCAUCUCAAAUUUAGAGAUCGAGGAAUUUGAAGAAAUUUUAGGAGCUUUUAAUCUUUUAAAUUGGCUAAAAGGUAGAGUUUCCAUUUGUUUAGGACAAAACCUUGAAAAUAAUAUUGAAAGGAUCUCGGCAAUUUGCAGCAAUAAAAGGCAGGAGUCAAAUAGCGACCUUGAGAAAGAGGAGGAGAAACUUUUAAAUCAUCAGGAGACUCGGUACUACGAUGAAGAUUGA